UUUAUGGAACGAUUUCUUGUAUUUUGACGUUCACGAGUGUGCAAUCACGAUUUCAAUUCCGUGAGUUUGUAUGCCUAGGCGAACCACUACGUAUGGGACUAUGCAAAUAAGAUCGUCGUCUGCUCUUGCGUCACUGGUGUUUUUGUCAUGCCCUGAGCUGGGACUGUCGGCAGAGCAGAACCUUGACUCUUGCCACAAACCUUUGGGUUCCAUUUCGUGAAAAUGUCCCUACGUCACGUGUGUUCUGCUCUGUCGAGGAAGGUCAGGCUCUCUGGACCUAACUGCCUGCGGCAAAAUCUUAUUUCCCAGGCCCGUCAUUAUGCACAUCCAGCAUCUAAGAGCCAGUUGGAAGACGAGUCUGCAAAAUUUCCUGGAGCUAAGGCAAAUUACACCCAUUCCCUGGAGCUAGUGCCACCAGGAUCAACCGAUCCCUUUCCUGUUUAUAGAGUUAUGGACCUGGAGGGUCAAGUGCUGAAUUCUUCCGAGGACCCUAAGUUGAACCAAGAUAUUGUUGAAAAAAUGUAUAAGGAUAUGACAAUGCUCAACACCAUGGACCGCAUUUUAUAUGAGUCUCAGAGACAAGGACGUAUAUCAUUUUAUAUGACAAGUUAUGGAGAAGAAGCUACUCACAUUGGAAGUGCUGCCGCAUUGAAACCAAAUGAUCUUGUCUAUGGCCAGUACCGUGAAGCAGGUGUGUUGCUUUGGAGAGGCUUUACUUUAGAUGAGUUUAUGAACCAAUGCUAUGGAAAUUCUGGGGAUGAGGGCAAAGGUAGGCAGAUGCCUGUACACUACGGUUCAAGAAAAUUAAAUUUUGUCACCAUUUCAUCUCCACUUUCGACACAAAUGCCUCAAGCUGUUGGAUCUGCCUACGCAAUGAAACGAUCCAAAAGUGGAAACUGUGUGAUAGUGUACUUUGGGGAUGGGGCUGCCAGUGAAGGAGAUGCCUAUGUAGCUUUCAAUUUUGCUGCAACUCUUGACUGCCCUGUAAUUUUCUUCUGUCGCAACAAUGGGUUUGCAAUUUCUACUCCUACACAUGAACAGUACAGAGGUGAUGCGGUUGCUGGUCGUGGCCCUGCAUUUGGUAUUACCGCUAUACGUGUUGAUGGUAAUGAUGUGUUUGCUGUUUACAAUGCUACAAAGGCUGCAGCAGAUUUGGCUGUUAAACAUAACAAGCCUGUCAUUGUUGAAGCUAUGACUUACAGAGUCGGGCAUCACAGCACCUCUGAUGACAGCUCUGCAUAUCGUUCAAUUGAGGAGGUAAACCUAUGGGAUUCUACUGACCAGCCCAUAACACGCCUCCGAAAAUACAUGGAACGUAAAGGAUGGUGGAAUGAUUCUCAGGAAAAGGAAUGGAAAGAAAGCACUCGUAAACAGGUCCUGAAAUCAUUUGGUGAAGCAGAGAAACGGCCAAAGCCAAGCUGGAAGGAAAUGUUUAAUGAUGUUUACAAGGAUGUCCCUUCUCAUUUGAGGGAGCAAAUGAAAGAGAUGGAGGACCAUGUUCAAAACCACAAAGAGCACUAUCCACUCUCAUCUUACAAAUCAUAAGGUUGUUUGAUUUGAGAACAAGUGUCAAUUACAGCGAUUUUGCUGAUGUGUGCCAUUGAAACUAAGACUGGAGAAUCACCUUUGAAGUACAAACCAUAAAUUUUUAAAGUAAGCGUUAUUUUAAAAAAUAAAUGGAGAGAAAGAUAUGUUAUGGAAACAUGAAUUUUCUUUAAGAUUGUGGGAGAAUUUUAUAUAAAAAUAUAUUUAUACAGUAAAUGGGUUGGGUUGAGUCUUUGAGCAAUUUUAUACAUUUUAAAAAUGAAAUUUUGUUACAUGUGUGUGCAUUGAAUAAAGUAUGAUGUUUAUUUCCA